AUGCAGGCCGAGCCAGCUGAGGAAGACGGACAAAGUGGGAGUCGCUAUCCAAGGCGCGAACGGAAGCAGGCCAAAAAGCUCGUAAUCGAGGAGGUCGUCAGGAGAAAGCGGCCGGUUCGCCCUCCAUCUCCCGUGAUUCAAUUCCUGCCGAUCGAACGUCCCGACUGGCUCCGCGGAAUUUUGGCGAACAAGAACAAAAUUAGGGGCGACCGUGGCGUACGCUUCAUCGAGACGGCGCGAUAUCGGCUGAUCCCUAGAAGGUCUGAUGCGGUGCCCGGGAUGGUUGCUGUAUCCGAUGGUGACGAUACGAUGCUGAUGCCGCUCGUGCUCCCCGAUCAAAUAGACCCAGUCUAUGCGGAAAAAGACCCGGACGGCGUAGAGACUGGGGAUGGCUGCUUUUUACUCGAAUUUUCGGCAUUGAUUCAAAAAGGCCCCGAACCGGCGCUCGAAAAUCCCGCUGAAGAGGAGGAACAAGGAGAAUUGGUAGAAACUGAUGAGCCUCUACCUGGCAGCCCGGAACCUAUCGAGCCUCCACUGCCUGAGCGCGUGGCGAGAAGGCGCAGAACUGGCGUUUUCGAAGUCCCAGUGAUAACAAGCCCGGAAGCUGAUGUGAGCACAGAAUCGGAGCCCAUGCCGACGCCUGAACCUACGGUCGAAGCAGAUUGUACUACAGAACCCCCUACUCAAGGCGAAGUGACGACCGAGGCUUCAUCCCCAAGACCGCAGAGCAUGCCUGUUCCACCUUCCCCGCCGGUCUGCGUAUCCCGGCAUGAUCCUAACGUCUUGGGUUCUGGCCGUCGCCCGUCCCCAGUUGAUGCUCAAGAUGAGCAGAAGUUACGUGAAUUCGAGCCGGCCCCAAUUGUGCGGACACGCGGGAGGCGUUCGAUGUAUUUGCCCAUUCCUUGCCAAGAUCUGGGAGCUGGCAGUUCAACCGAAAAUACGACUGCCGCGGAAACGAUCCGGCCAUCAUCACCAAAAGCAGUAGAGCCACUGCAUGGAUCCGAGCCACAACCGGAAGCACCGGCGCCCAUCGUGACGAAAAGCCGCACUCGCCGCUCCAUGUAUCUGCCGACUCCCAUUGAUCUCGAUGGUGGCAAUGCGCUGAAACGUGCCUCGCCCGAACAGGAACAAGAGAACCAGCCGAUACCGACCGUCUUCAAAAGCCGCUCGCGCCGUUCGAUGUACCUGCCUCCUGUGGCCAUUGAAGAACCAGACAUCCCUGCCAUUUCUCGCCUCGAGGUGGCUGAGAACGCUGAGAAUACCCCUGAACAGCCUGUCGUACCCGAACAAACUGAAGCUCCAACCGAUCAACAGGAGUACAAGGCGGAAAUGCUGGCACGCAAGAAUCGCCCGCGCCGUUCGAUGUACGUGGCCCCAGAAGCGCCCAUCGACGUCCAGCCGUUGCCCGAAAAACGCCGACGUCGCCGCUCAUCAUACUUCCAUCCGGUUCCGAAUUCA